AGCUGCCCAGAAACUUAACCUGUCCUCAAAGAAAAAGAAGCAUCAUGCACCUUUGCUGCAUUCCCAUGGUGUCUCUCUCUACGCCACUAAUUUUAGUGGCAUCCUACAGAUGUAUCCUCCUCCAGCACCACCAUGCCUUUUAAGAGCUGUAUCAAAAGUCAAAGACAACCCAGGAAUUGGAAAGGUGAAGGUGAUGGUGAGAAUUUGCCCGUCAGAAGGAACACACGACACAUCGGAAUCUAUGUCAUUUCUGAAGGUAGAUUCACGAAAAAAGCAGAUCACACUUUAUGACCCAUCUACAAGUGGCUCUAAUGCAAGUCACCGAAGAGGAGCUGUGGCUGUCCCAAAGAUGUUUGCUUUUGAUGCAGUGUUCCCUCAGGAUGCUUCCCAGGCUGAGGUGUGCUCUGGAACAGUAGCAGAAGUAAUCCAGUCUGUCGUGAAUGGUGCAGAUGGUUGCAUCUUUUGCUUUGGCCAUGUCAAGCUUGGCAAAUCCUACACAAUGUUUGGAAAAGAUAACUCCACACAGAGCCUUGGCAUCGUACCUUGUGCUAUCUCUUGGCUCUUCAAGUUAAUCAAUGAGCGCAAAGAGAAGACUGGGACUCGUUUCUCAAUUCGAGUAUCUGCUGUGGAGAUUAGCGGCAAAGAUGAAAACCUUAAGGAUUUGUUAGCCGAAGUAGCCACCGGCAGUCUUCAAGAUGGACAGUCCCCAGGGGUCUACCUACGUGAGGAUCCGAUAUGUGGAACACAGCUUCAGAAUCAAAGCGAAUUGAGGGCUCCAACAGCAGAGAAAGCAGCUUUUUUCCUCGAUGCAGCGCUGGCUGCCAGGAGUACUAGCAAACCAGAAUGUGAUGAAGAAGAUCGGAGGAAUUCGCACAUGUUUUUUACACUUCACAUAUAUCAAUACCGUAUGGAGAAGAGUGGCAAAGGAGGAAUGUCAGGUGGACGCAGUCGUUUACAUCUCAUUGACCUGGGAAGCUGUGAAAAAGUGCUAAGCAAAAGUCGAGAUGGAGGAAGUUCCUUCUCCCUCUCUCUGUCUGCAUUGGGCAGUGUUAUUCUGGCCUUAAUUAAUGGUGCCAAGCAUGUGCCAUACAAGGAUAACAAACUGACUAUGCUGCUAAGAGAAUCACUUGGGAAUAUCAACUGCAGAACAACCAUGCUAGCCCACAUAUCAGAUUCCCUGGGAAGUUAUGCAGAAAGUCUUAUGACACUUCAACUUGCCUCUCGUAUCCACAGAAUGAGGAAGAAGAAAUCCAAGUAUGCAUCCAGCUCAUCUGGAGGAGAAAGUUCAUGUGAAGAAGGCCAUGUACGAAGACCUCCUCAUCUAAGACCAUUUCAUCCAAGGACUAUAGCUCUUGAUCCUGACAUUCCUGUAUUGAAUCUUUCUAGUGAACAUGAUUAUUCCUCAAGCAGUGAGCAGUCCUGUGACACUGUUAUCUAUGUAGGUUCCAAUGGUACUGCUUUGUCAGACAGAGAGCUGACAGAUAAUGAAGGCCCUCCAGAGUUUGUUCCCAUAAUCCCUUCUUUGAACAAAAAAAGAAGCAAAGACAAUUGUGGUCUUCCAAAAAGCUCUGACAAAGAUCACUUUAAGUGUAACACCUUUGCAGAAUUGCAGGAAAGAUUGGAAUGUAUCGAUGGAAGUGAAGAACCUGUCAAGUUUCCUGGUGGAGAGAUUACUGCUGUAGCUUCCAAUAGUACAGUACCCAUGUCUACAGAAAAUGGGCAGUCUAAAUCCAAACCAUCUUCUCCUCUUGGAGGCUUUAAGAAAACAUUUUCACAAGAAAUAGGAACUCCAAAAAAGGGACAUAACAUUUAUUUCCAGCACAACGUCACUUGCCCUGAAAAGAAGGUAUCUCCUUUAAAAACAGAACAUGCCAAAUUGCAGUCAAAACCUGAAAGCAAGAGAGUAGAUUUCAAUGGGGAUAAUGAAGUAGUGGCUGAUUCCUGUCAAUUAUCAACAAAUAAUUCUCUUAAGACUCAUGAAUCAAGUCAAGCUGAUGAUGAAAUGGUUGUGAAAGAAAAAACUUCAUAUAUGAGGAAACCAUUGCCCAGCCCUGCUCCUCCACCACCUCAGCAGCAGGAAUAUCUAGUGACAAGCAAACAAGCAUAUCUAAAUGUGGAUCACAACAAUUCCAUCAGGACCCCACCUGUAGGAAUGAGUAAACAAGUGACUAGUGAAACUGAACAUAACACCCUAACUAAUGACACGGAACAGCAGGCAGAUGGUAUUGAAGUACAUAGAUUUCGAUCAUCUUUCCGAGGCGCGUGCUUUGACAGGGAUAUACUGACAACAACAGUGACUUUGCAGAAGCCUGUGGAACUCAAUGGUGAAGAUGAACUUGUCUUUACAGUGGUUGAGGAAUUAUCUAUCAGUGGUAUUGUGGACAAUGGAAGACCUUCUAGCAUCAUCAGCUUUAAUAGUGACUGUUCUCUUCAGGCUCUUGCCUCUGGUUCUAGGCCAGUUAGUAUCAUCAGCAGUAUAAAUGAUGAGUUUGAUGCUUAUACCUCUCAGGCGAGUACAACAGGUGUCAACAUUGAUAUUGUUGUACCCUUUUCUGAAGAACCCUUCACUAGUAGCAGCAGAUGUUCUUCGAUCAGCUCAUGGCUAAGUGAAGUCAGUAUCUGUACAAUUGGAAGUGAUGGAGUCCAUUCCAGUGAUGGUUUUCUUAUGCAACCCUCUUAUGGCUGUAACAAGUCCGACGAACCUUUAACUUUGGGUUCUCCUAAUAUCUCUGUUCCCUUGAAAACUACCUUGAAUGAUAGUGGCUUUUACUUUUCAGAAUUGGAGAGUGAGAGCAUGAAUUCAAGCAAAACAGCCUCAGGAGUCAACAGAAGCCUUCAAAACUAUGACUUAACCAAAGUGUGUCAGAUUGGAAGUACUCUUUGCAUCACUGAUCAGACCACAAAAGUUAAGCUUUCUAAUUCUCAAAACACUCCAGUGAUUGAAACUAUACACUCCAGUCUUCCCCGAAGAACAAAAGCUACCUCAUCUCUGACUCAUAAUAAUACUCUCUGUGAUAAAGAAUUGCAAAAGCCACAUGUGAUGUUUGAAGAUCCCUGGUUGAUUCGCACAGAUGAUCAUCUGGAAGCCAAUACCACAGAUCUGUUACCAUCAAAUUCUCAGGCAUUUAGUACUCAUAAACAGUCACCAAGAUCUACCCAACAAUUUGGUAACACAACUAAGGCUUUAAAAUCCCAGACAUUACUUGCCUGUUCACAAAGGGUGGUAGAUGGUUGUGAAAUGAGCUGCAAGUCUUCUAGUGGAGUUGCUAAAAAAUCUGAAGCUUUCCCUAAAAUUCCACAGCUUAAAAGAGGUGCCACCACAUUGGGAGUAGUUCCUGUGUCACAUAGCAGUGGUGCUUUUACAGAAAGUAUGCACAGAGGGAAUUCUGAAGCUGCUUUUGCCAUUGGGAGCCUGAAAAAGAAGAAUACACAGCAAAAGAUGAGUAUGUUACCCAGGCCAAAUGGCAUAAUACCUCCAGCACCUCCUGUUCGUAAGUCCAGCCUUGAGCAAAAAAAUGGAGGGGCCAAAGAUGUAGGAUUAGAAGCUAAUAGGGCUGCUGCAGUAAAACAUGAGGAUGAGAUUGAUUCACGACUAAGAACUGGGUUAUGUACUGCUGAAAGUGCCAGUAACAAAUAUAACCUCAGAGGAGACCAUUCCUUGCCAAAAGCAACUUCAAGUUUAAAGGCCAAGGCAUCAAAAAGUGAAGCUGUCCAUCGUUAUGGGAGCCACACAUCCCUUGAAAGAUGUGAUAGCUUGAUAUCUGUGGGAGCAAAAACUAGUCUGAAUAAGGAAAAUGGUGGUGGCAGCCUUAGCAAUGGCAGAAAUGGCCGACUAGUCCCAAGACUGGGAGUUCCUCCUGAUACUUCUGGCCUGACCGCUCCUCCAUUGUGUGCCAUGUCUGUAUCUUGCAAAAAUAGUCAGAUGAAAAGUGCUACCAGCCAGAAAACUGUGGUUAGUGGGAAUAAGAGUCGUAGCCUUUCAGCCAGUGGAUCUAAAUCGCUGAGCUCCUCUGUGAAGUCAUUGGCUCAGUCCUCUGGGAAGAACUCUAGCAUUCCUUUGAGUGGGAAAACAACUCCAAAGUCUUCACAAGGUACAAACAAUAAACCUGGCCGAGGAACAAUUAUGGGAACUAAGCAGGCCAUUAGGGCAGCCAAUAGCCGUGUUAAUGAGCUAGCGUCAGGAAGCUCAGGCAAGACGAGCCAUUUCCGGGGUUCUACAGAUUCUGAUAGUGGCAAUGACAGUGGAAUUAAUCUAAGUGAUGAGAAGUCACAGAUCCAGGUGCUUCCAUCUCCAUACAGUAAGAUAACUGCGCCAAGAAGACCUCAGCGCUACAGCAGUGGACAUGGGAGUGAUAACAGCAGUGUCUUGAGUGGGGAACUACCACCUGCAAUGGGUAGGACAGCUCUUUUUUAUCAUAGUGGUGGCAGCAGUGGCUAUGAAAGCAUGAUCCGUGACAGCGAAGCCACUGGCAGUGCUUCUUCAGCACAUGAUUCUAUGAGCGAAAGUGGGAUGUCUUCACCAAGUCGCAUGAGAAGUUUGAAAUCCCCAAAGAAAAGAUCAGCAGGUUUCCAGCGCCGUCGACUGAUUCCAGCUCCUCUGCCUGAUUCUACAUCUCUGAGCAGAAAACAGAAUGUUGCUGGCCAGUGGGUUGAUCUUCCCCCUUUACCGGGGACUUUGAAAGAGUCAUUUGAAAUAAAAGUUUAUGAGAUUGAUGAUGUGGAACGAUUACAGCGACAUCGACAAGAGGAAAGUGAGCCUUUCCAGGAUGUUGAAAAGGGCUUGAUAUAUUUUAAUACGAAACUGAAAAUCCUAGAGAGACGCCACCAAAGGAUUAGGGAAAUGAAAGCAAAGCAUGAGUUAUUGAAAGAGGAGUUGGAAGAAACAAAAUGCAGGCUGAUGUUGGAUCCAAGCAAGUGGAAAGGAGAAUUUGAGGUUGAUCCUGAUCUUGAUAAGGAAUCGCAAGAUUAUCUGGAGGCAUUAGAACAAGUGACAAGUGAACUAGAGCAAUGUGUGAAUCUGUGCAAGUCGCAUGUCAUGAUAGUCACCUGCUUUGAUAUUGGAGUAAUCAAUGACAUCCAGGAUGGAGCACAAGAAGUGGAAAUUUGA